GCCGCCGGUGUAUGUCGCGCCUGCCCGGGACGGGCUGAAGCCGGCGGCGGGCCGGACCGCAGGCGCCGAGCCCCGAGCGCCGCUGCUCGCGGAAGCGCUUUCGGCCGGGAGCGGCGGCCGCCGCCAGCAGUUUUCAUGUUUGGGAUCCAGGAGAACAUUCCGCGCGGGGGGACGACCAUGAAGGAGGAGCCGCUGGGCAGCGGCAUGAACCCGGUGCGUUCGUGGAUGCACACGGCGGGGGUGGUGGACGCCAACACCGCUGCCCAGAGCGGCGUGGGGCUGGCGCGGGCGCACUUCGAGAAGCAGCCGCCCUCCAACCUCCGGAAAUCCAAUUUCUUCCACUUCGUGCUGGCGCUCUACGACAGGCAGGGGCAGCCGGUGGAGAUCGAGAGGACCGCGUUUGUGGACUUUGUGGAGAAAGAGAAAGAGCCCAACAACGAGAAAACCAACAACGGCAUUCACUACAAACUCCAGCUGUUGUACAGCAACGGAGUCAGAACAGAGCAGGACCUGUAUGUCCGCCUCAUAGAUUCAAUGACCAAACAGGCCAUCGUCUACGAGGGCCAGGACAAGAACCCGGAGAUGUGCCGCGUGCUGCUGACCCACGAGAUCAUGUGCAGCCGGUGCUGUGACAAGAAGAGCUGUGGCAAUAGAAACGAGACACCCUCAGACCCUGUAAUCAUUGACAGAUUCUUUCUAAAGUUUUUCCUCAAGUGCAAUCAGAACUGUUUGAAGAAUGCAGGCAACCCUCGUGACAUGCGGAGAUUCCAGGUCGUGGUGUCCACCACGGUCAACGUGGACGGCCAUGUGCUGGCCGUGUCGGACAACAUGUUCGUGCACAACAACUCCAAGCACGGGCGGCGGGCGCGCCGUCUCGACCCGUCAGAAGGUACGGCCCCUUCUUAUCUGGAAAAUGCCACCCCCUGCAUCAAGGCCAUCAGCCCCAGCGAAGGCUGGACCACGGGGGGCGCCACGGUGAUCAUCAUCGGUGACAACUUCUUCGACGGCCUCCAGGUGGUGUUCGGGACCAUGCUGGUGUGGAGUGAGCUGAUAACUCCCCACGCCAUCCGCGUCCAGACCCCGCCGAGGCACAUUCCUGGCGUCGUGGAAGUCACCCUGUCCUACAAGUCCAAGCAGUUCUGUAAAGGUGCUCCUGGGCGCUUUGUCUACACUGCCCUUAACGAGCCGACCAUAGAUUACGGUUUUCAGAGGUUGCAGAAGGUGAUCCCGAGACAUCCGGGCGAUCCCGAAAGGUUACCCAAGGAAGUUUUGCUCAAGAGGGCGGCCGACCUCGUGGAAGCUUUAUACGGGAUGCCCCAUAACAACCAGGAGAUCAUCCUGAAGCGGGCGGCUGACAUCGCAGAGGCGUUGUACAGCGUCCCUCGCAAUCACAACCAGAUCCCCACGCUGGGCAACACCCCCGCGCACACGGGCAUGAUGGGCGUGAACUCCUUCAGCAGCCAGCUGGCUGUGAACGUGUCGGAGACGUCGCAAGCCAACGACCAAGUCGGCUACAGUCGCAAUACGAGCAGCGUGUCCCCGCGAGGCUACGCGCCCAGCAGUACCCCCCAGCAGUCCAAUUACAACACAGUCAGCACUAGCAUGAAUGGAUAUGGAAGUGGCGCCAUGGCCAAUCUAGGGGUCCCUGGCUCGCCUGGAUUUCUUAAUGGCUCCUCCGCUAACUCUCCCUACGGCAUAGUGCCGUCCAGCCCCACCAUGGCAGCCUCUUCGGUCACCCUCCCUUCAAACUGUAGCGGUGCGCACGGCAUUUUCUCAUUCUCACCUGCCAAUGUCAUCUCCGCAGUGAAACAAAAGAGCGCGUUUGCGCCCGUGGUCCGGCCGCAAGCUUCUCCUCCUCCUUCCUGCACCAGCGCCAACGGGAACGGGCUCCAAGGCUCUCUGCUGAGUGCUGAGGACGCUACCGUGGAGAAGACAAACUGGCCCUUUUGUGAAGUCGGUGGCAUAUUUCACUUUGAUGAACUAAUGCUCAAAAAAGGAACUGGAAAGCUAUGUCUGGGCUGGUAGUCCCGCCAAUGUGAGGGGCCUUUGUUUACCUUCCGCAGCGCCCAGCAUCCCGGGACGGACUUCAGGGGACGCGUUUCGUGUACUGAGACACGCGGGUGAAGGCAGCAUCUUCAAAUACGUCGGCAGCCGUCGAAGUGCGACGAGAGACUUGGUUUAAAGAUUUUAUUUAAACUGUUAAGAACCGACAUGCAAACAGCCUACUUCCUCAUGAACAAUUCCAUUUUACUGACCGAACUUUUCCCACAUUUUCACACUUGUCAGUCCUGGAGAACAAGGAAAGCAAAGCGACGCCUAUUUUGUACCGAGUUUCUGACCCCGUCUUGGCCCUGUCUAGUCCCUGCUGUGUGUGGGGAGGAGCUUUGUGAGUGCCCCAUUCCGGCUGUCGCGGGACGCUGGCGAAUACGCUUCCACACAUUUCCCUGUGCUCGUCCUUAGAUUCACAACGGUUGUGCAUUCUCUAUAAUGUGAAAUAUUUUUUUGUGGUGAACAAGGGGGCCAAGGAGGUAUGAGCCAUCGGACUGGAAGAGAGGAUGACUAUACGGUUAGGAUCUGGGGUGGCGGGGGGGAGGGCGGGCUUACCAUUGCUUACCUUCAUCUUAAUGAAAUGGAACUUUGUAACUUAUUGUAGUUAGAAAUUGUAACUUUGAUAUUGAACUCUCUUGCCUUCAACAAGCACACUGACAGAGGGAAAAAAUGCUACUGUCUGUUGGUUAAAAUAUUCUUUCACUGCUAGAGCUUCCUGUUACGCAAGCGUGAUCUGCGACAUCUUUUCCACUUUUGCUAGUACUGUAUACGAUUGCAAUCUUAGGCUACUGUGAGGUCCAUGUUUCUUGUACCAGAAAUUGUCCUUUCGACUUCUAGAUCCUUCUUCCCUAAUGUGUUUUGUAUGUGGUUAUAAAAUUGUAGACUUUUGUGAUUUUGCCAAAGUUGUAGCUAAAUAUUUAUACACUUGUCUUGAAUUUUUUUCAGAUUCACUUAAAUAUUUAGGAAAAAAAAACCAAGUUUUAUUCCUUAUGUGUCUUAUAAGGAAUAAAAUGGUCUCAUUCAACACUUUUCCAUGAACACUUGCAGUUGCUGAGGGACUUUAUUUUGUAACAUAUCAAUUAUAAAUAUUGUAUUUAUCGUCGGAGAUUUUGUACAUUGCUUUUCCCGCCACCUUCUUUUCCUUUUGCCUCGUCCGCGUUGGCCUUGGGUCACGGCCUGGUGUCGCGGUGCUGGGAGGCGCGUCCAAGGACCGUCUCUUUCAUCUGUUUCGUCAAAAUGAACCAGUGUCACUGCUUUCAUUUGUACGUAAGACAUUUGCUAUUGUUUAGACUUUCCAUCCUUUUUUUUUUAUUUUGAGGAAAAGUCAAAUUCAUUGUUUAUUUUUAUAUUAUUUUUAAGUUAUCUGAACAAAUACUUUUGAAGAAACACUUCGUUGUAUAGUCGAAGCGGAACGGUGCCGUGCCGGUUCCGAGUAGAGCCCGUGCAUGUGGGGCGGCCGAGAGCAGGCAGCACUGUUUGGGGCUGUGUCCUCAUUUCAUUUUAUCUUUUGGUAGAAUGUAAAGAAGUCAUUUUAGCUGCCACCCAUGACUUUUGCCACAUAGCUGAACUGUGUUUACUGGAAAAAUUCAGAGGCCUAAAGUUUAAAAUAAAAUUUACUUCUGAUGUUUUAAUUAAAAUGUCUGCCACAUGAACUUUUCUGAUGCCUUAAAAGUGGACUUCUCCCCAGAACCUUUGUGCUGUUGGUCCCCAGGCCUGCACCGCAGCUGCGAACCCGCUCGCGCUGGGAGCGAUGCAGAGCGCGCACACACAUGCACACGCACACACAGACACACACACACAAAAGCACAAACCUGGUAACUCCCGUGUGGCCCCGAGCCUCUGCGUCAGAUGCUGCUGCGUUCUGCCGCCCCACCUUGCUCCGCUGUCCUACCCUCCCCAGAGGGGUGGGGGGUUGAAAAUGGCCCCGGCUUUCCUUUUUUUUUUUUUGUGAACGAUACUUUUGUGUGGGGUCGGGCUGCAUAGUGCGGCUGCCCCUGUGGCGCCGGGGCCCCGCUCCUGCCAAACCUGCUGCGAGGCCAGGAGGGGCUGCGUUUUCUCCCCUUUGUGUUCCUUGCCCUGCAGACGUGGCAAAUGCCAGGCAAGCUGCAGCAGACAUCAAAUUGAAAACAAAAAGGAGGGACUUUUAAAACAUGUUCUUGACAAAAAGCAAAACGAUGCACAACUUAGAAGAGUGUUCCCUCCAGGGACUAAGUAAACAGAGUGUCCCCAGUGGUCAGCAGGCCCCGCGUUGGCCCCGAGUGGCUGGGGGGGCUUAGCUCCGUGGAAAAGGAAGUGACCCUGCAGCUCAGUUGCUCCGCUUCAUUCUGUGUUGGUUGGGGGCUGGGCCGGGAACGCGCCCCCGCUGGCCAGGCGCUCACCUGCCCUCCAUCUGUGUCCAGAGCAGUCAGUCAACGCCUCACCGUCUCAGAACCGAGUGCUUCACUAAAUGGUAGAGUUUGCUGUUAAAGACCCUACGAUAAGAUUGUUUUAUCUGUACAUUUUUUCAGAUAUUUAACUGUAUAAAAAUGUUCAUUUUACACAAUAUUUAAUUAAAGUAUUUCUUGUCUGUGAAUUUCA